AUGAGCAUUUUCAACCAAAAAUCAAAGUUCAAAAUCAAGACCGAGAUCCGCACCGUCCGCGAGACCGUUGAGCGCCCCAAACUCAAAGCGUCGACAUCCUCCUCGAGCAUACCCACCACCGGUUCCUCACAGCACUCCAGAAACGUCCGGACUGCGGGGGCGGGGUCAUCUCUGUCGCGCGCCUCGUCUACGUCCAGACUCAACGGAACGAGCCACACCACCUCCUCUACCUCCUCCUCCGCCCGCGCUUCCCUCACCAAGGUCAGCACCACCACGCUUUCACGACGGGUCCAGAGCGCGUCGCCCAACCCAUCCAUCAACGGCGACGGCCGGAGCAGCCGCAAGCGCCGCGCGACCAAGGCCUCGAGCCGGUCGCCCAUCAGCCCUCACUUCUCUGAGGACUCAGAUUCCGACAGCAACGGGGACGAGAACUGGGAGGACAACCUGGAUGCGCGCAAGCGUCGCAAGCGGGUGCACGACGAACGACCCGUGGACGUGAACCGGAAGUUACGACACCCCAAGAUAUGGAAGGGCGAGGAUGCGGACCAGGUGGAGCGGAUACCCGGCCCGGGCAUCAUACAUGCGGCCAAGGUCGCGAGCCUGGAACACAAGUGCAAGCCCGCUUUGAACUUGAAGAACGAGGAGGUUGCUGUGCGGUUGCAGUACCCUGGGGUCAGGUAUCCUGAACGAUACGAACUGGUAGAAGGCAAAGAUAAGAUUGAUGCCGUCAAGGAUAUCGAAAAAGUAGUACAACUAGUGGCCUCAACUUAUCUCACAGACGAAGAGGCCAAGAUCUUCCUUGACCACCAGACCGGCAUCCUCCGAAAACUCGUCAAGAGCAAAAACCGAUCCGACGGCCCCGGCUUCAAAGCCGCCCUCCGCGAAUACAACGACGAACUCCUCAAGCUCAUGCGCAAGGGCGUCAUUGUGCGAAACCUCGACAAGAUGCACGGGAUACCGCGCGAGCUGGUCGACUUUAUCCUCGACCAGGUCUACGACCGCACCGUCGCCCCACGGGUCGAGCUCUUGGCCAAGUACCAGAACGGCAGCGACAACGUCUACGGCGAACUCAACCACCCCUUCAUCUCGGACAUUUUGGAAAGGACUAACCUGACCUCGGACAAGGUUUUUGUCGAUCUCGGCUCGGGCGUCGGCAACGUGACGCUCCAGGCGGCGCUGGAGAUUGGAUGCGAGAGCUGGGGCUGCGAGAUGAUGGAGAACGCGUGCAACCUGGCCGAGGCGCAGUACGACGAGUUUUUGGCCCGCUGUCGGCUCUGGGGGGUCAAGCCCGGCAAAGUGCGCCUGGAGAGAGGGGAUUUCCGUAAGAACGAGAAGAUCCUCGAGGUGCUCAAGCGGGCCGACGUGGUGCUCGUCAACAAUCAGGCCUUCACGUCGCAGCUCAACGAUAACCUCGUCAGCAUGUUCCUGGAUCUCAAGAUCGGAUGCAAGAUCAUCUCGCUCAAGACGUUUGUGCACGACAACAAGAAUGCCGAGAACGAUGUGGCCACGUCGAUCCUGGAUGUCGAGCACUUGACGUAUCCUGAAGGCUAUGUCAGCUGGACUGGCGCUAGCGGGACAUAUUGUAUCUCGACCCGGAGGUGA